CUCUUAUUCGUUCAUUCGUUCAACGCACAUUUUAACUUACGCGGAUACAAUUAUACCCACAUAGAUUACCACGAUUGUUUUUAUGAAAAAAGAACUACGAAAACUUAACAUAUUUAGUGUGAUCUAACCCGAGAAUAGUAAUAUCGCUUAAAAGAAGCAAAAAAAAAAAACUACAAAUACUGAAAAAUCUUAAUCCAACAUUUUGGUACCAAGUCGAUGAACGAAUCGAGAAUUUGGUGUAAAGAACCCCAAUGGAAUCCCAAAGUUGUUCCAUCCGGAAGUGCUAUUAGUUAAAGUGAGUAGUGUUGAUCCAGUCUAACGAAAGAAAGUGCGACAAUUCGGAAGAAGAAGCAGAAUAAGAGGAAGAAAAAUACUGCCUUGAAAAAUAAAAUACGAAAGAAAGAAAAAAGAAUAAAAUAAAAAUAAAUAUCCAAAAGAAAGUGUAAUAUAACAAAAAUUAAGCUAAAUAUUCAACGAUUUAAACUGAAAAAAUUUUGUUUUUAUGGUGCUGCCCACAGUGUGAUUGUGCUAUAAAAUUAGUCAAAUUCUUAUGCGGAGAUUCUGUGCCCAGUGUUUUGGUGGGCAGUGAGUGCUUUCUUUUCUGUGGUUUCUUAUCGGCUUUUGUGUAACGCUACAUCGGCGACAGAGUGCUUGCUGAGCUCCCAAAGGAAUACCCAGUCUGCCAGGCAAGACAAGGCAUUCGUAUAGAUUGUUGUUGUUGUUAUUAUUGGAUUGGAUACCUUUUGCCCGUCGUCGUAGUCAUCGAAUACGAGUACGAGUACGUUUGCUGUGUACUUUUUUCAUGUUAGAUAAUUGCCAUUAAUCAUUCAACGCAGUGACCAACAAAUAAGCUGCCCUUUAAAAAAUCAGUCAAAAAAAAACAACGACAGAUUACAAAAAAAAAAUGCGCCUGCUAACAUAGACCCUUUAGCAGAUGGCAAAACCAUUCAAACAAAAAGUUCAAAUAGAUUAGAAAAAAAAAACUAUGGAUGAUUAAUCCCAUAAUGAACACAAGCCACAGCAGAACGUUGACGACGAAGACGAGGAAGAGAUACGGUCAGGCGGGGUGCAAGAAGACCGCAGAAGCAGUGACAGCGAAUAAAUGUUUCUUAAAGCCAUCAGCAUUUUUUUACAAACAAUUUCAUCACACCACGACACACUUGUUGCUGCCUACUACUACAACUACAACUACUACAACCGAUGAUACAACCUAACCCAGAAACACUCAGCCAAACUCCCCACAGCAGUGCAAUAGUUUGAUCUGAAUUCUCUUCUUAGAUCACAGCAAAACGCAGAGAUUGCCAAUACGAUACACUAACACCACCACAUUGGGUCACAGAGUACAAAAAAAAAACAAAAACAAGAGUAAACAGUGUGCUCUCACUCUCUCUCCCCCUUGCCACCUAUGCAAUUCGAUAUGUGUUGUGAAUGCCAUUUACUGGGAAAUUAAUAAACGAGGACCGAACGAACUAACCACAACAAUAUACGCAACCACCGCAACAACAACAAUAACAACGCCAAUUUGAACAUCGACAAACCCAACAAAAACAAAAACAACAAAACACAACUCCAAUGAAGAUGUUAAAAUCGCAUCUAUUCUUCUCCAAUAACAACAGCCCAUUAAAAUUGAACUGACAUCAAUACGUACAGUGAGUGCAAGCGCAACAACCCAAGCAAGCCAACAAAAGCCAAAACAUCAAUAACACCAGCAGGUCAUUUGUUGUUGACAGCCAACGACAUUAACAGCAUCAGCAUUAGCUUUGUUGUUGUUUCUGUAGUCUUCUUCGCCUUUGGUCCACUUUUGUUUUGUUGAUAGUUGUUCAGUUGUUGGUGGUGGUAGUCCAUAGUCAGUUGUCGCCUUCGACUUUUUCUGCAAAAAAAGUUCACCAUUGUUAUUGAAAACGUGUUGGCCAAAAUGUUGCAAAAUCCCAGCACCACAUCGACGUCGGCGUCUGGUCAACAACAGCAGCAACAACAGAUGCCCCAACCCAAACUUGUUGUGAUACGACGACGACCCAAUCAAGGUUUCGGUUUCACUCUACGUCAUUUUAUUGCCUAUCCACCGGAAGAUGAUCCCUCUUGGCCACAGGAAGCAUCCGAACCGUACCAAGUGAAAGCUAUGGAAACGAUUUUCAUAAAAGAAGUACAUCCGAAUGGACCCGCUUACUAUGCCAACCUGCAGACAGGCGAUCGCGUUCUAAUGGUGAACAACACACCAAUUGCUGGCAUCGCCUACAGUACCAUUGUGUCGAUGAUCAAGCAAACGCCUUCGGAACUGAAAUUGUUGGUGGUGCCCAAGGAGUGCGAUGUCUUGCAAAUGCAUUACACCAGCAUUGCUCAUACUCCACAAUCAAAUGUUCAAGCGGGCGCUCCAAAACCUAAUCCCUCACCCAUUGUCACAGGGAAUGGCAAUACAUCAUCAGCGACGGCCUCCACAAACUCCUCCUCAACUGGCAGCUCGGGCGGUGCUCUACUACCAAUGUCAGUGGCAAUGGCGGGAAGACCUUUUCAUUUGCACCAACAGCAACAUCAAUUGAUCUCAUUUCCUGCCAGCAACCAGCAGGCAGGCAGUCGUUCCGGUAGUAUUAGUAGUACCAACAGUUUAAGACCUCUAACAUCAUCGGAUUACAUGGAAUUAAGUGCGUCCCAAACGAUGGCGUCAUCGGCCAUGUAUCAUCAUCAACAACAACAACAACAACAUCAUCAUACGGGCAAUAUACUUCAUCAUAGUGAUAGUGGCAGUUAUUUGCGCUCUCCACCAGCAAAUCUAACAGUAUUAACCCGCCAACAACAAUUGCAGCAACAGCAACAAAAUGCUGCCGCCUUAUAUGCUCUCAAUGCUGCUGUGGACACUAGUGAUUUGAUGAUACGAUUGCGUGAAUCGAUAAAACAAAAAGAAGAAUUUCUCAAAUCACCGCUACCAAAUGUACAUCAACAACACCACCAGCAGCAGCAACAGCAACAACAACAAUAUCCCCAUCAGCAACACUUCUUUCCCCAUACACCACCAUCUGGUAGUCCGCAAUUGUCUAUGGUCUCAACAUCAUCGACAUCUGUGGGGGGAGGCUCAUCAUCGGGGACAUGCGUUGUUGGUAGCUUAAGUUUUGUCAACAGCAGCAGUAGCAACAAUGCAGCAGCAGCGGCGGCUGUGGCACGAGGACAAGUGCGCACAUUUGUAAAGCAACCAUUGUCGGCCACAUCAUCAUCGUCUAGCACGAGAGAAUUAUUAACAGCAAACUGUGAUAUGCAUUACGCACCGAAUUUAGGCUCCAGUUCAACUGGAGGAGGAGGAGGAGGUGGUGGUGGCGGCGGUGGAACCUAUGGUUCAACGGCUACAAUGCCCCGUAGUCAGCAACAACAACAGCAGCAGCAACAACAGCAACAUCAUCUCCAACACCAGAGACUAGCCACCAGUGGAGGCAGCCCCAGCACCAACACCAAUGGCAGCAGUUCAUUAUUGCGUGAUAAAUACCAUAAGGAUUAUGAAUUCAUGGAAACUUUGCAGGAAACUGGUGUCACUAACAAAGUAUUUGAAAGCAAAUUGGUUUCACAUUUAGCCCGAGGUUUUGAUCCUUUCAAGCCUUUGUCCAUCAACACAAAUGCCAUGGAGACAACAACAACAACAACGGCGGCGGCAGCAACGGCCGCUGCAGCUGCUGCUGCGGCCGCCGCUGCUGGGGGCAAUGCUAUUAUGAAAAAGCCAAGUGUUUUAUAUGAUUCACUGCAUCAUCAUCCAUUGCAUCAAAUGCAGGUGCAACAACAGGGGAUGCAGCUGCAUCAUCAUCAGCAACAGCAACAACAACAACAACAGCAUCCGCAUCAUAUGUAUCAACAGCAACAAACAACGGCGCCAAAGAUGACAGUUCCAAGUGCUGCAACAUUAGCAGCAACUUCUUCACUAACCACAACACCAACAACAACAACAACAGCAGCAGCAGCAACAACAAAUCUAUCCUCAACAGCAGCAUCAUCAACAUCAUCUGUGGUCGAUGGCCAUCGUUAUAGCCGCAUGGAAAUCUAUAAGGCUAGCCUGGCCAAUACAACGAUCGAUCAUCAGGCUAACACCACAAACGCCAAUAAUAGCCACAAGUAUGCAAAUAAAUUAACGGAUGUAAAUGAAAUGAAGCCCACAUUGACCGAUAUAGCCGAAGGUGAUGUGAACACUGUUGUCGCUGCAACAGCAACAGCACCAACAACUAAAGCAUCACCAUCCUCAGCGAAUAUAGCUUCAGUGUACACCAGAACGGCAGCAGCCACUAACACAAAUGUUGUACGACGUUUUCGACCCAUGUCUUCAUUUGACGACUCGAAACCAAUGCGACGUAUCUCAUAUUUACGUGCUACCAACGAUGAUUAUCAUUGCGACACUUCAUUGGCCAAUACAUCCUUGGCCAACUCCUCCACCAGCAGCAUUGCCGAGUCACUGUCGACCAAAUCCACCAAAUCGCAACACAAUAUCGAAGAGCAUCCCGAUCCCAUAUAUGAUGUGGUGGGCGGUGGAGCCGAUAGCACCAGUGAUUCAUUGGAUGCCUUGGAAGAUUUGAAAUUGGAUGCUUCCUGUAGCAGUCGUAGAACAUCCAUAAACAGUGAUCUAAGACACAGUGUUCACAUUGAUGGCAUACCUGGUCUGGAUGCAAAUGGCAAAUUUGAAACAAAAGAUGUGGCCACCGAUAUGGAGAUAUUUGAAACCGAAAUGGAGAUUAAAUCAUCUUCUAUACAUGGCAAACGACAAUCUGAAUAUCGAUCAUGGCGCCAAGUCAAAAUCGAGAUUAAAGGCGAUAUACUGAGGAUAUAUCCCAGCCGUAAUACAAAAUCCGAUAGCAAUGUACUGGAGCUCGACAUAAGAAAUUUUGAAAUUUUCGAUGAAUCGGAUAAAAAGAAAAACGUUUUCCGCAUGCAAUCGAAACCCUCACCGUUAGCCAAUCUAGGCAAUGAAUUGAAUAUAGAUGAUGUUGGAGAUAAAUUAACAUCAUCCACUGGUAGUUCCUCAUCCACACAACAAUCACUGGAAACGACACAACAUCAAACGCACCAGCAAAAUCAUCCGCACACUGAUAUUUUAUUUAAGACGAAAAGUGGCACUGAAAUGAAAAGGAUCUACGGUUUAUUACAAUGGAAGAAUAGUUUAAUAUAUAAUGAUAAUGAUCUUCAGGGUAAACAGUUAGCGGAGCCUCAAAAAACUGCCGCCACCGCUAGUGUGUCUACUGCUAACAGCAAUUACUGUGAUGACAAUGUACAACAACAAUCAACGCAACACCAUUUACAAGCCGAACAUUCGCCUUUAAGUUCAACUUCACGCAGUGAGUUAGAAGCUCCCGAUUCAAUAUCGCCUGUGAUGAAAACACGCAAAUCGUCUUCACACAAAAAUAUACCCGACAAAGAUUUGGGCUCUCCCAAGGCCAAAAAUUGGAAAGAUCUACUGUUUAGGCGUGGCGGAGGUAGUAGCAGCAGCAGCCAUAGUGCUGAUUUAUCCCCAUCCAAUUUGUCAUCAUCGUCUAAGACAAUCGGCUCCAUAGGGGUACCUUUGAAAACUUGUCCCAUGUCCAAAAACAACGAAUAUGUACCCACUCUGGUGGAGGUCUGCACCAAUAUUGUGGAGACCAAAGGUUUGGGUGUUGUGGGCAUAUAUCGCAUACCCGGCAAUAAGGCAGCCAUUUCGGAGCUGUCCGAUCAAGUGAAUAAAACAGAUUUCUCCUGGGAUCGCUGCAAUACCGAUGUCAGAUGGGAGGAUGUCAAUGUGGUCUCCAGUCUCCUCAAGUUGUUCAUCCGAAGUUUGCCCGAUGCCUUGCUGCCAAGUUCCUUUUACAAUCAUUUCAUUGAAGCCGACAAGAAAGUGGGCAUGGAACGUCUAACCGAAUUGAAGGCACUGUUGGAGGCUUUGCCCAGAUAUUCGCAUGAAACUAUGAAACAUUUGUUCCGUCAUUUGCAUCGUGUCAGCAAGAAUUGUGAUGUGAAUUUAAUGGAGCCCAAGAAUUUGGCCAUUAUAUUUGGACCCUCGAUAAUACGCACGCCCAACGAUGCCUUGGAUGUGGCUGUUAAGGAUAUGAAGCAUCAAUGUCGGAUUGUGGAAUUACUGUUGACUCAUUACGAUUACUUUUUUGAAAAUGGCGAAACACCCGAUCUGGAGGAUGUAUGUGGCAAUAAUGUGGCACCGUCUUCUUCCUCAUCCGCCGCAGGUGCUACAGCCAUGCAACAGCAGCAACAACAGGAGAAUCAAACUAAUAUGCUGCUACACAAUAUCUCCAAAAUCGAAAGGCUUACCGAACGUGAAUCGUCUUCAUCGAGCACUACCACCACAACACGUACCUCACGCUUCAUACCCCAGUUGCGUAAACACAAAAGCAGUAAACGCACAAAUGAGCCUUCGUCCUAUGAAAUUGGUUUGGUAAGCAAAUCUUCCUCUACUAGCUCUAGUAAAUCUAAAUCUUUUCACACUACCACCAACACCAAAAUCACAUCCAAUGCCACAAACACCUCCACCACCACCACCACCAAGAAUACCAACAAAAAUUCUAUUAUCACUACACCUUUACCACCUUUCACUACAAUCACCAAGAACACAUUAAAAAAUAUUUGCAAGUCAACACCUAAUAUUUCCACACUUACCACACGAACGCUUACUUCAAAUGCGAAUGUAAAUUCAAAUGCCUCUAAAUCACGUUCAUCGCGAGAUUCUACUUGCUCGGCCGCAGAAGCCGCCGAAUAUCGUCAAAGACGCCGUGCUGUGCCCACAAUUUAUGAUUUUGGUGUUACUUUACGUUUACAUUUUCAGUCAAUGGACUAUCCGAAGUCAGCCAGUGGCACUACGGCCUCAUCGUCGAGUAGCAGCAGUACAACCACUUCAUCGGCCAAGACCUCCAAAAAGAAGGAGGGCUUCCUGAGUAGUCGGGCCCGCAGUCAUGCGCGCAAAUCUAGUUUGGAUGAGAAAGAUACGGGCAGUGUAAACGGUAGCAGUAUUAUCAAAGAGACACAACGUAAUAGUGUUGAUAUAUCGAUAAAUCUAACCGACGACGAGAGUAGUAAUAGUCGAUUAAGUGAACCGGGUUCCAUGUCCCUUGGCAUCAUAACCGAUACAUUGGAAUCGAAACUAAGCAAAUUACGCAGCGGUUCCGAAUCGAAUGAUGAAAAUGGAUCUCCAGAUUUUCCCAUACAACGUCGCUAUACGCUGGGUGAGCCCUUGCAUAUAUUGCAUACAGAAAACAUUCCUUAUGCCGAUGAGUCGCCGGAAAGGCAUUUUCACCAAUUCUCCCCGCUGGACAACAUAAUGGGUGCAAAUAAUCUUAUGCUAAGUCGUUCGUGUACCUCAACCAAUACGCUUAUGGGUGCUAAAUCAUCGAGCAACUGUAGUGAAAAGGAGAAGACAUCAUCGCUAACGGGCACUUAUAAAUCAGCGCACAAGUUGCAACAUUCAGCCACCGCUCCCAUCAACUCGUCAAUAGGCAGUGGGGUGGGUGGUGUUAGUUUGACCUCGCCACCUACUGCGGCCUCGACGCCCAAUACAAUAGGUGCUUUGAAGGGAGGUAGCCUGGCGGCUUCCACCGCUCGCAAUGCCUAUGCAACUAGCAAAAAUUUAAGAUUCUCCUCGUCGGUGCAUGAACAGCGUUGCUCUGAAGAUGACUCCGAGGGUUCUACCACAAGUGAUCCCAAAGAGGCUUUGGUUAUGGCUUCACCCUCAUUUCUAUUGGACAAAUACAAUAAGAAGCGAAGAGAUCAUCGAUUGUUUCGUUCGGCCUCUUUCAAUUGUCGUAACUAUUCCUCACGUUAUGGCAGCAUUGGUGGUGCAGGUGCAGGUGGGGGUGGUGGUGGUGGUGGUGGUUCUAUGGGCAACAAUAUCCCCUGUACGGGCUUAACUAAAGAUGAAAAGACUGAUAUGAAUCUGACAAAGAAACGACAAAUACAAAAUAAACAAAAUCGUUCGAUUAAGCGGCGUCACACAGUGGGAGGACCACACGACUAUAGUGGCGGUGCGGGUGGAGCAGGCGGCAAUACAGGUGGCAAUUCAUCGCUAAGUAAAAAUAAUAAAAAUAAUCUAACAAAUGCGGCAACGGGUAAUGCCUCUAAUACAUCGAUUAGACGCACGCCCCUAUCCAGUGCCAAUGGCAAUAUAGCAAAUAACAAUAUGCAACAGCAUGCAGAGGAGGGCAGUAGUAACACAAGCAAUGGCAAUAAUAGCAGCAGCAGCAAUAGCAGUACCAAUAAUACAGCCAAUAAUGCUGCAGCCACCACUGUCAAUGUGGCCCAGUCGGCGGCGGGUGAGCAUGUUCUAGAAGUGGGCAUACGCAUAAAGAAUAUUAAUAGGGCACGUUUCUAAAGGUGAUCCAGUGUGUGUAGAAAAGCAGUUGUAUAGAGAGAAAAUAGAUUUUUUUUUUUAAAUUUAUGAAUGCCUUUUAUGGGAGUUGACCAUUUUGGAAAAGUUAAAAAGUUACAAAUUUGGACAUCUGUAGGGGAAGGUGAAGAAUAUAUUAUUUUCUGAAAUUCAAAUUGAAACAAAAAACAAUCAUCCCAUCGCACCUGCCUUAUAUCUACGUUUGUGUUUUAUAAUGCACAUAUUGGUUGGAUCGCAAGCAUCCCACAAUCUUUAGAAUCGAGAGGGAGAGAUGCUGACACUAGCAGUUCCCAGCAGUUCUGCUAAUGGACAUUUUAGCAAACUCCCAAGAUCUCUUUAGACAAACAAUGUGUCCUAAGAUAAUAUGAGAAUGUCCCAUGAGAGCGACUGAUAAAAAAAGUGCAGGUCUGGUGUUAUCUUCCCUCACCCAAAACACUACCCAAAUUCCUGCCUGCCCUUGAUAUGUUCAACCUAUAAGAAAGUGGUGAUUGUCAUUGGAUCUUAAAUCAUCUUUGCUGACAUAAGAAGCUAAUAGAAAACUCUAACCUGCAUUUGUAUGCCCAUCGUUAUCUUCAUUGGCAUUAUCAUCGUCAUAAAUGCCUCAAAGUUCUAUAAGUUCUAGAAGAAAAAAAAGAGAAUUUCUGCUCCACCCCACAAGCUCUAGCUUAACCCAAUACCUUAUGUGUACGUACAUACGUCUUGUUGAGAUGGCAGAAAGAAGCAAACGAUUCUCCUCCUCUGAAUUAAACAACAAAACACCAAUUAGUUUAUAAGAAAAUCAAAAAAAAAAAAAAGAAAAACGCAAAAACUUAAUAUAAACGAAAGAAUAUAACAAACGCAAAGCAAACAAUUGAAAAUAUACAGAAAAAAAACAUUAUAAAUAUUAGCCUAUAUAUGGGACAAUUUUCUCUCAAGCGACCACAAUAAAACCCCCCCACUUACCUUACAUACAAACAUAUUAAGAGAAACUAACCCUUAAACCCUAAACUAUAACAUAUAGAGAAAAGCAAAAACCCAACAACAUAUAUAUUUUUGUGUAUGUUUUAUGUGUAAAAAAAGAAAAACAAAACAAUUUUUUGUGUAUCAUAUAGUAUUAGCGCAAUCAUAUACACAAAGUAUAAAAAAAAACUAUUUAAAAGAAAAGCGUAUGAAAAGAAAAAGUAAGAAAAACAAAAACACGCACUUAAUAUUUAUUUUAUACAUUUACAAAAUAUUUUGAAACCAAAAAUUCUAUUUUAUUAAUUUAAAAUUUAAAAAAAAAAUGAAACAAAAAAGAAAACUUUGGCCACGCCAAUUAACGCACGCAACCCAUUACCAUCAAAUUUCAUUAAACACCAAUCCCUUCUCUACUCCUUAUUUACCAUUCGUUUUUGAUUUUGUUUAAAAGCAAUUUUUUUCUUGUGUAAUUAAAGCCUUUAUUUCUUUGGAAAAAGAAUUAAAACCAAAAUUAUUUUUAUAAACUACCUAAAGCCCUAUCCUUAUAUCAUCCUACACUCUUUAUUGCAUACAAAAAUUAGCAACAUAUUAAAUACCGAUUAAGAAAAAUGAUUUUUGCAUUAAAAUUUUGAUUUUGUAUAUUUGUAAUAAAACAAAAAUCUAAAAAAGCCCAAUUUCAAGAUAUGCGGUUCUUCCCAAUAAUUUUUUAAAAAUUUGUUGCCUAUCUUAAGGGGUCAAAGAGAUUUAUAUGUUACUUUGUGGCAAUAAUUGUUCCAAGUCUCGUCUUCAUUUAUCAAUUUCUUCUUUGCCAUUGCAAAAUGUUGGCUUCUACUCGUCAUGAGCCUAUCCCAAUGAACUUAUAAAGUUCUACUAAAAACAAAAGUUUUGAUUUUAAAUUUUGAAGAGGCCUCUGGAUUAGAGCUGGCAAACUAUUGAUCAACGCAACAUUCGAUAUUUUUGAUAUUUCUAAUAAUAUAUAAAUAUCGAUACUAUCGUAUAUUUCUCAUUGCCUAUAUUUCAAACGAAAAUGAGAAAUAAAAAUAUCGAUUUAUAUAAAGCAAUUCAGUUGAAAGUCAUGAGAAAAAUCAUUGUACAUUAAAAUUUUAGCCCAAUCGGAUGAAAAUCGCGCCAUCUAUAGGCGCAAUGUAACUUAAAAGCCAAAUUUGAACAUAUACGGUUCUUCCCAAUAAAAUUUUAAAAAAUUGUUGCCUAUCUUAAGGGGUUAAAGAGAUUUAUAUGUUACUUUAUGGCAAUAAUUGUUCAAAGUCUCGUCUUCAUUUUUCAAUUUCUUCUUGCCAUUGCAAAAUGUUGGCCUCUACUCGUCAUUAGCCUGUUCUAAAGAACUUAUAAAGUUAUACUAAUAACAAACACAACAUUCGAUAUUUUCGAUAUUUCUUAUGAUAUAAAUAUCGAUAGUAUCGAUAGGUUAAGUAAGAGCGACAGUCCUUUACAGACUCACUUAGACAAUUUUAAGUCCAUUGUGAUACCACAGUAGCGACAAACCAAGGCUUCUGGCGGUAAUCGAACCCACGACCCCUGCACUGGUAAUCUAAGCACACUACCAACUCGGCUACCGAGGCGCCCGAUAGUAUCGUUACUAUCGUAUAUUUCUCAUCGCCUAUAUUGCAAACGAAAAUAAGAAAUAAAAAUCGGCAAAACGAUUUAUGUAGAAGCAAUAAAGCAAUUCAGUUGAAAGUCAUGAGAGAAAUCAUUGUACACACGAAUGUCGAGUUUUACGCAGAUACCUGCCAUCACUGCCCAAACCUGCGAGGCACAAAGCCCAAGGGUGAAUACAAUGCGUCUACCAACGCCUCCACAUGUGGUAACCCACUCAUGAGUACCAAUUUGGUCACACGUAUUUGGACGUGUUCACCUCCUUGGUAAGAUUUAGUCCAAUCGGAAGAAAAUUACGCCAUCUAUAGGCGCAAUAUAGCUUAACGGAUACAUUCGAUGUCGCAUUAGAGCUGACAAAAUAUCGAUGGCACUAUCGAUACUAUCGAUAUUUAAUUUUUUUUCUGAAUAUCGAUUAAUAUUUUUCCGAUGGAUGCUAUAGCAAAAGUAAUUUUUUUUUCAAAAAUAAUCAAACCGACACUGAAUAUAUCCUUUAUGAUACAUUAAGCCUGUAGAGGGCGCAAAUUUAUCCGAUUAGACUAACACUUUAUACAAUGAUUUACUCUCAUGACUUUCAACUGACUUUAUUUACCUUGGUUUUAUUUGGUCUUUGCAUUGAUAUUGCUUCUAUAUAAAUCGAUGACCUAAUUUUUAUACCCUCCACCAUAGGAAGGGGGUAAACUACUUUCGUCAUUCUGUUUGUAACUCCUUGAAAUAUUUGUCUCAGAUCCCAUGACAUUUUAUGUCGAUCUAGCCAUGUCCGUCCGUCUGUCUGUCAAAAGCACGCCAACUUUCGAAGAGUAAAGCUAGCUGCUUGAAAUUUUGCACAAAUAGUUCUUACAGGUGUAGGUCGAUGGAAUUGUAAACGGACCAUAUCGGUCCAUGUUUUAAUAUAGCAGCUAUAUAAACCGAUCUUGGGUCUUGACUUCUCGGGCCUUUAGAGGGCACAAUUUAUGAUUUAUAACAACUGUGUUAAGCAUGGUUCAAAUCAGUCCAUAACCUGAUAUAGCUGCCAUAUAAACCGAUCUGGGGUCUUGACUUCUUCAGACUCUAGUGGGCGCAGUUAUUACCUGAUUGAGUCGUCAAAUAUGGUCUGAAUUGGUCUAUAACCUAAUACAGCUCCCCUGUAAAACGAUGUCCCUAUUUUACUUUUUGAAUGCAAUUUCAUCUCGUAUUUAAUGGAGGUUUUACCACAUGUGACUAAAAAGAUCCUAUCGAAUAGCUUGAAAUUGGCUUUUAUUCAUUUUUUUUGGUAUAACCACAGUGUCAUCAAAAAUAAUACUACAGCGAUUAUGUUCCCAAAUUGUAAAAAAGAAACGAACAAAAAUAAAACAGUUCUGAAUUAA